AUGCUCCUGCCCACGCUCUCCAUGAUACUUCGAAUGGCAGUAAAGGCCGCGGGUCUCUCGCGGUGGGGGGCUGAUGAUACCACAAUCGUACUUGCAUACUGUGUCACGCUCGGGUUUAUCUCUGCGGAUAUGCUUUGGGAGUCUUACGGGCUCGGAAAAGAUUUAUGGACACUGAGCUCGGAUCAAAUCACGUCUUUCUUCCAGGACUUUUACAUCUUGCAGUGUCUUUACAAUUGCGUAAUUACGCUUGUCAAAACCUCGAUUUUGUUCAUGUUCUUACGAAUAUUUCCCGACCAAAAGUUUCGGCUCGUUGUCUGGGCGACACAGAUUUUCAACCUCACCGUCGGCGUCAUCUUCUUACUCAUCAGCCUCUUCCAAUGCCGCCCUAUAAAUCUGGCGUGGAGGUUCUGGACGGGCGAGAAUGACGGCCAGUGCAUCAGUAUAGGUCAUGUGGGCAUGGUGCAAGGAACCAUUUAUGUCCUCAUGGAUGUGUGGAUGCUCAUCCUUCCUGCUACCCAGGUAUGGGGCUUGAAUAUGAAGCGGCGAAAGAAGUUCGCUGUGAUGUUCAUGUUCAGCCUAGGUCUUUUCUUGACAGUAGUGAGUAUCAUUCGCAUUGUAACUAUCAAAGACCUCUCAAAGUACCCGCUCAACCCAACAGUUGCCAUCAUCCCAGCUGGGAUAUGGACCAACAUUGAGGUUUACGUAGCGGUAUUCACAGCCAACAUACCGAACAUCCGACAAUUCAUCUGGGGAUUCAUCAUAAGACGGUCGGAGAAGGAGGGAAUAACGGAAACAGAACCGGAAGCGUCUCACGAGAAAUCACCCCGACGCCCACCUAAAACUCUCACGAUGGAGUUGAACGAAACCAUGGAUCAAACUCCAUGA